AGAAGAAAGCUGUGAUUCGCCUUUUCACUCACUCACUACAACAUGCCAUUACCUCCAAAAUUAUACCUCUCAUUAUAGCAUACAGCAUGCAUCACAUAUACCCCACUGUCCUUUUUGUCGUUCAUUUACAAUAUAUUCUCUUACAAAUUUUGUCAUUCUCUUUGUCGUUUAGUAUGAGAACAUAUACUGGGGGGAGCCAAAUCUUGUUUGGCUGUAAUCUGCGGAAGGAAAAGCAAGUCACGACCACACACUCAUUUUACUUUAUCUGGCAUAACAAGAAGCGCUCUAUUUCUGGCUGGCGUUUUAGGAUUAGGACUACUGGAUUGAUUGAAUUACUUGGACGGAAAGCAAUUUGCCGAGCGCGAGGAUCUUUGUUAUUGACGAGCGAUGGGAUGGAAUUGUAAAACUCAUGAGGAGCCUUGGCGAGGGCUGAUAUAAUAUAUUGCGUCCUUAUUAUUGAUGCUGUUGUCGAACAAUCACCAAUGGUCUUUUUUCACUU